AUUUCUGAAGCAGGAAAAAGGAUGCUUCGCUUCUCCGAAAUUAUAGGAAAUCCUUUACAGGGAGAACAGAGACUCAAUUCAUCAUUGAGUACUUAAUGUAAAAAAGAAUAUAGUUACUUUUAUUUUCAAUGAAAUUAUUUGUUACUUUAAUUGUUUCAGAAGUAGUAGUUGGUGUAUUUUCAGGAAGAGCUUUACUUUGGAACAGUGGUUCGGAAAAAAGGCAUGAUCAAGGUGAAAUGCAGCUGUGCAAAAGAGACACCACGUGCUUAGCUUGGUAUAGAUGCCCGCCAUCAAGAUUGCCUAGAGAACAAUUUCAUUUAUCCUGUUUUUAUGAAGGUUAUUCUAAAUGGGAUAUGGGUGUCUGCUGUGUUAAUCCGAGAAAAGGUCCAAACACGAAAAUAGAUAUCUCUCCAAAUACAACACCUUCAACGACAACUUCAACUAUGGUGAUACCAAUCAAACUAAUACAAGAGUGUGGGAAAUCUUAUGCAACUCCAGGGUCAAAAGAAAGACCAGGAAAUUGGCCUUGGAUGGUUGCAAUCAGAAAAGCUCAAAGAAAUGGAACUGAAAUUUAUUGGUGCAACGGUUUUCUAAUCGACGACAGUCACAUUCUCACUGCAGCUCACUGUUUUCACGAUAGAAACGUGACGCUUUAUUCUCUGAGAAUUGGAAGUAAUGAUCAAAGGCUGGGAGACGUUUAUCAUAUGAAGAGAUUACUGACGCCGGAAAGUUACCAACUAAAUCGUUUUUACAGUGACAUAGCUUUAGUUACUUUGGAUAGACCAGUCACUACAAAGAAUGUCAUGCCCAUAUGUCUACCAUUUUCUAUUUUCAAGAAUUUUACAAGUCCAAAGGCAACUAUUGCUGGUUGGGCCAUGGAAAGUCCAAGUACUUCAUCAUCAAAUUAUCUUCGGGAGCAGCAUGGAUUACCCAUCAUUUCCAACAAGCUAUGUAAUUCAAUCUACAAAAAGAGAAUAGCAGCUCCUUUCGACAAAAAUUUUCCGUUAGGAAUUACUCCUGAUUUCAUCUGUGCAGGUUCACCCGAUGGAGGAAAAAGAAAUUGUGGAGCUGCAUCAGGUGGACCAUUGAUGAUUUAUAAAGGCAGUCGAUGGUAUGCUAUAGGGAUAUUAAUAUUCGGCGUUGAAAGAUGUGACAAAUUUCCCAAAGGAUACACAAGAAUAUCCUCAUAUAAAGAUUUUAUACAAAAUAAUUUAAGAGAGCAUAAUUCCAAUUACUUUCAAUACUAAAACAAAUAAAAUUGUUGAAAUUAC